GUGGCUCUUUCGGGAGAGAAAGACCCAGAGAAAACCGUCGUUCGACCAUCUGUGGUCGGUACGCAAAACGUUCUCAACAGUCUGACCAAAGACGGGGCUAAGAGCGUCAAGCGCCUGGUGGUAACCAGUAGCAUUGCUUCUAUCAUGGACUUCAAUGCGGAGGAUAACACUACUUUUACGGAGGAGGACUACAAUACCACCAGUACCGUAGAGAAUGGUGAUGCGUACGGAUUUGCCAAGUCCACUGCCGAGAAGAUGGUGUGGGAUCAAUCAAAGGUAAGCUGCUGUUGA